GCGUCGUUUGGUUCUUCACAGACCGCUGCGCGCCGCUCCUCGCAGCUGCAGCUGUCCAGCGGCGACAGCGACGCCAACGCCGACGCCAAGGCCGACAUCCCAGCACCGACACGCGCGCUCUCCACCGAACGCGACAUGACGACGAGUAUCAUACAAAUCCGUUGGUAUGGUGAGCUUAGUACUCCACGAAAGUGGGAAGUAGAAGAGGUUAGAGCUGGCGAGGAGAGGGCAGGCACGGCCCGGGGCGCCUCCCUAAAUAAACGCGCGCGGCCCUCCUUCCUCCGGUUUCCCUCGGCGGGCGAAAUUGCGCCUCUAAUGGGCCAGCCAAUGGCGGAGGGCGGCGGCGCAGCCAAUGAGGGCGCGCGGAGGGCGUGGCCGCCCCUCCGCCGAUGGCGGCGGCGACGGUGGCGGCGGCGGCGGGUCCCGGCCGCGAGCACGCCGCUCGGCCGGCCGGUUGCCAGUAGUCUCGCGUGCCGCGCCGGGCGUCUAGCCGUCUGUGGUUCUCUGCGCGACCGCCGCCACCGCUGGCCGCCGACCGCCGACUGUCGACCACCGACCGCCCCCCGCCGUCGCCCGUCGCUGAUCGCCCGCGGGCGUGCACGCCCUCGCAGCCCCACGCUGCCGGCGCGCGGCUGUCAUCCGUCGGGUGCUGAACUCGCGCCGUGCAAGAUGACGGAGUCCAUGCUGGCCGGCUGCGAAAGCCUGGUGUCGCACCUCACUCAUUCCUCCGAUCUUGACCACACUGGAUUGUCACUGAAGAUCAAACAAGAGCCGUACACUCUCACCGAUGCGUCUUCCCCACUGCAUGUGGGCGGGUACGGCCACGCCGACGCGCCGGUGCCCCCGGCGUCGCCGCUGACGUCCAUCAAGGCCGAGUCUAGCGGGCUGGCGCCGCCGCCGCCCCCGCCGCCGCUGGCCUCGUCGGCGUCCGUGGCCCAGCCCCAGGCGCCGCUCGCCCCGCGCGGCCUCGACCACCGCUACAGCGCCCUCACCCUGGACGACGCGGCGGCCGCCGCCGCAGCCGCCACCGCCGUGGCCGCGCCGCCCCCGCAGCCCAGCGACGUGGACAAGGGCGCCGGCGCCUCCGCCGUCUCCAGG